GAAGCGAUGGGUAAGUGCGUGUAUACAUGCCCGUAAAGGAAGCAAGUAGGAGGCAAGGAAAGGCGCGGGUAAUGUUGAACAUCGAUGGAGCUCGUGUAAUUUGGUCAACAAGCAUUAAGGGUUUCAGUAAGUGUUGAAAUGUUUGACGUUUACCGGCUGCACGGAGUUGAUAUGUGUUGAUGUGCCAUGGCUCCGCAAUGGUUUCACCUCUGUGCCCUUGUGUUCUGUCCUCCUCACGGUAUCCGGAUGGGAAAUAUCUGCAGAAAAGUGGCACACUGGCCUCGAAAUUAAUUCCAGAAUUCUCCAACAUCAGCAAAGUAUUAUAAAGAUAUGGAUAAACACUGCAGAGUGAAGGAUGAAGCCACGUCAAAGGCAGCAAAGCGCAAGGAAAACAAACAGAAACAUGGACGGCUUUUUCGAAAGAAAUCAUUGAAGUCGGUGGGGAGUUUUGUAAAUAAAAUAAUCAAAACUUUGGGCACUUUUACCCACUUUGGAGACGUUGCAGUUCAGGGCGCAGAGGAUGACGAUGGGGGGUUUCGUGACGGGACACCUUGCACACUCAGUGCCAACUCAGGAAAUAUCAAAGAGGAUGUCGCCGGGGAUGAUUCUGUUAAAAAUAAUGCGAUAGCUUCUUCCCGUUGCUCGGUGAAAGAAAGGGUUUUAUGGUGCUAUGGUGGCAACAUUCCAGGUGUUGUAGGCUUGAAAAAUCACGGGAACACCUGUUUCAUGAACGCCGUGAUCCAGUGCUUGAGCAACACUGACCUGCUCGCAGAGUAUCUCGGGUUGGAACGAUAUAAAUUGGAUUUUAGUCGAAGGAAAAUUAAUGGGAUUGUUAAAAGUGAAGACACGCAGCAUGCCAGAGGUGAAGUCACUGAGCAGUUGGCAUCACUUGUUAGGGCACUCUGGACUCUGGAAUACAUCCCGCAACUGUCCGUGGAAUUCAAGAGUAUAGUAUCCAAGUAUGGAUCCCAAUUCCGAGGAAACUCCCAACAUGACGCCCUGGAGUUCCUGCUUUGGCUUCUGGACCGAGUUCACGAGGAUGUCAACUUGUCCUCCUGCAGCAACAACAAUAACAAGACCAAAGCCCCAGGGAAGGGCCCUGGUAUAUCAGAGGAGGCGAUGGUCACUGAGCCUCCCCACUCGCAGCAGCCCGGGGCACGCCACAGCUUUGUACAGGAACACUUCCAGGCACAAUACAAGUCAUCGCUGACCUGCCCUCAUUGUCAUAAACAGAGCAACACCUUUGACCCUUUCCUCUGCAUUUCACUUCCCAUCCCUCUGCGCCACACCAGGCCUCUGUGUGUAACUCUGGUCUUCAGUACGAAGGGCCAGAGAUACCUGCGCAUCGGGCUGGCUGUGCCUCUCUUUGGCUCGCUGGCCUUUCUGAGAAGGAUGUUGGCGGAUGAGGGGAAGAUCUCCCCAGACCAGGUGAUCCUGACAGAGAUCUACACCACAGGCUUUCAGCGCUCCUUCUUUGAUGAGGAGGAUCUGACGUGCAUAGCCGAGACUGACAUCAUCUAUGCCUUCCAGGCCCCGCCCCUAUACAUCAGAGGAGGCUCUGCACAAUUCUCAGGGUACCACCACAGCCUGCCGUCCUCGCCGUACUCCUCCGGGCCCGAAGGUCAAAGGUUACCUCCAUCCGGAACUUUGUCAUCAGAGUUCCUGAACCAUGGUGUGCCGGUGAAGAUCCUGUUGCUGGUGUGCAACGCCGCCUGGAAUGCCCAGCAGGCUGUCAGGUUUGGACCUCCGUUCCUGAUGAGGGAGGACCGCUCCAUCUCCUGGGACCAGCUGCAGCAGAGCAUCCUCAGCAAGCUCUACUACCUGAUGAUCAACGGAGCACAGGCCCAGAAUGCCAGAGUGCUGUUUAAGAUCCGUGUGGUGGGAGGAUCAGCGUCCUACAGCUACCUCUCCCCCCAGGAUGGACGGCCGCUCUACCACCCAGCAGUGAACAGAGCUCUUAAUCUCUGUGGCUCAGGAGGACCGCCCCAUGUGAAGCUCAUCAUCGAGUGGGAACACAGAAUCAAAGACUGCCUGUUUGGGAACAUCCAGGAGGAGGUGGUGAAGGAUGCUGAGAGUGUGAGAGGCCAGCAUCAGCAGCACGUCCAGCAGCACAGUUGUACCCUGGACGAGUGCUUUCAGCUCUACACUAAAGAGGAACAGCUGGCUCCAGACGAUGCAUGGAAAUGUCCCCACUGUAAGCAGCUGCAGCAGGGCAUGGUGAAGAUGAGCCUGUGGACGCUGCCUGACAUCCUCAUCCUCCACCUCAAGCGCUUCCGGCAGGUGGGCGAGCGCCGCAACAAGCUGGCCACGCUGGUGCGCUUCCCCCUGGACGGCCUAGACAUGGCGCCCCAUGUGGUGAAGAGGAGUCAGAGCACCCGGCUGCCCCCCCACGGUCCUCUGCCCCCCCACGGUCCUCUGCUCCCCGGCCCCCUGCACCCGGCCUGGAAACAGCCCUGCCCACCCGACGUGGCCCCUCCAGACUUCCUAUAUGACCUCUAUGCCGUGUGUAACCACCACGGAGGCAUGCAUGGUGGACAUUACACAGCGUUCUGCAGGAACUCAUUGGACGCCCAGUGGUAUGGGUAUGAUGACAGCAGUGCAGAGCCAGUCACAGAGGGGGAGGUGUGCACACGGGGAGCCUACAUCCUCUUCUACCAGAGACGCAACACCAUCCCUCCAUGGUCAGCCAGCUCCUCUCUCAGAGGCUCCACCAGCUCCUCCACGUCAGACCACUGGCUGAUCCGUCUGACGCGGGACAGCCUGUUCUCUGGGGGGUCCACCUCUGACCCUCCUGGCCCCACACCAACCCCCGAAUCCCCAGAGCUCCCUGUGUUCGAGGACGAGCCUCUCAAAACAGAGACAGAUGGGUUUGAGAAUAAGCUAUUUGUCCGAGGCACUCAGGGCAGGAGCGUGAGCAUGAGGUCACCCACUAAGACCAAGGACACCCUGAGCAAAGUGCUGCCCCUGCGCUGGUCCUUUGGUUCCAAGGACCGCCCCAAACCCUCCGCCCCCAGGCGAGGGGAGCUGGUGGAGUACCUGGAAUCAGGGCGCAGGCCGCGGUGCACCAAGGACCCCAUCAUCACCCUAAUGGCCACCCCACCCCAGGGCGGGCACAGGGACCUGGGCAGCUCCCCCAGUGGGAGCAGCCUGAGUUGCAUGGACAGGUCCAACUCUGAGGCCUGCGACUCCCCAAGAGUACCAGAGGGCCAGAGCAGGCCUGCCGUAGAGAGGAACUCCAGCCUGGGGCUCAAUAUUAUCACUAAAGCCAGGGAUGACAGCUCACUGGGCCGGAGGUCCUCCAAGAGGUUCAGGCAGGACCAGGGCAGAACCGUGGACCCUCACAGAGGCUCCACUGAGGGGGUCCACAUCAGUCACAGUGCCCCCCCAAGUAGGGACUCCACACUGAAGAGGCCCAAGGCCCAAGCAGGGCUGACCUCCAGGGUAGGGGUGCUGCAGGCUGGUCUACACCCUGAGGAGAGGAAGGGGAUGAGGGGUCAGGAGGUAAGGAGCCACGACAGCCUCUUGUCCUUUUUCAAAUCUGGCUUCCUGAAGAAAGACGCUCAGAGUACACCUAGCAAGGGGGAGGAAGUCCGGGCCAAUGGCCACGGACGAGCCAGCAAGGUGGCAAAUGGUAGUUCGUCUAAACUCUCCCUCUCCAAUGGGACCCUGAAUGGCGCAGCGCUGGAGGAAAAGAGGGCCAACGGCGCCCCUAGAAGUGACUGCCGUCACAGCAAAGGGCAGCUUGUCAAUGGGAGGGCAGGGAGUCACAGCUCUGCUGCUGACAUCAAGCGUGCCCACAGCUCCAGUAACAUCCAGACCAAACUGGACUUGACCCUGCGCAGGUGUGCCUCUCUGCAGAAGAACGGGCAGGUAGCUCCCCCGGCCCCCCGCAGCAGCCUGGCCACAGACAAGCCCAGCUAUGCCACCCUGCAGCGGGCACGCUACAGCACCACUUCCCUGGGCAGGCAGCAGAGACCCGUCCCCGAGUCCUGCUUCUGACUCCCUCCUCACCGCUAAGCUAACUGGCUGCUGCCACAGCAGUAGAGUUAUCUGGAGUGUGUGUCUCUUUAUUUAGAGUUUGUGCCAAUGCUACUGCCAGGGUUAGCAUGUUAGUGUGAGCUGAGCAGUCUGGCCACCACUGCUAGAGCAGAGGAAUAGUCACUCUGUUACUAUAAGACAGGUUCUUAGGGGAGGCUUUGCCAACAGCUGAAAUCAGUAAUGCAGUGCGUAACAGUUAACUGUCUGUCAUAGUCUUCUGUUAAUGUAAGUGCCUCUGUGACAGCUCAGAAUGAUUGUUUGUUGAACACUGGAACCACGCUAUUGAUUGACACACAUCACAUCCAGACGGUCACCAGGUCUCUGUAGUAUAGCCAGCAGAGCUGUUGUUUCUGAAGGGCAUCAUGUACCCUCUGUUAAAACUGAUGUUUAUUGACGUAUUGUCUUUGUGUGUAAAUGAAUCUAUGCAGACUGUGUACAAUGGAGAGGUACAACUGCUGUAUUGUGAUCAUAUUUAUUCCACAGACAUGUCAAGCAUCUUUCUUGGUUGUAUGCUGUCCUUGAUUUUCUAUUGAUGUAGCCGUGGAGGAAUAUCCUGCACGAAAGGAUUCAAUUAAAUGAUUGUCUGUCUGUGCUUCCACUGGAAAAUGUUUGCUGGGACCUCACACACUUAUGUUAUUGCUAAUAUUCAUCAUGUAUCAUCCACUGUCAGUGGCAACUGAACGAAACAAGUACUGUAAUAACCUGGUUGUUACACACCUGUUACUGACUACCGUACUGUAACGACGGUGUGUGAUUGGAGGAGAAGUAAGGGUAGAGGAAUGAAAUGCCGAUUUAUGUUCGUAACUAACAUGAUUGAAAUACUGGGUUGAAAAGAGGGUAGUUGGCACACCAUGUACUCCAGCACAGUGAUGGUCUUGUAUACUCCACAAUAGAUUUAAUGGAUCUUGAACCAAAGUUUGUGUCAAUCAGAACAUUCAUCAGGACCCUGAUAAAGGUCUAGAUAAUCUAGUAAAUAAUCUCGUAAAAUAAUCAGAAAGAGUCACUUGAGAGUUUUGUACAUUGACUUGUGUGAACUUAGAUGGGUGCUAUUAUGUGAUGGUGAACUGUUGUGGAACCUCCUCACACCGGUGGUUUAGGUAAGCCCCUUAUAGAGCAGCAGGGACAGACUGACAGCCCAUUUCAAGGCUUUUAAUGUCACUCCCUGUAUCUCCCCACUGCUGAGCUACAGAGAAAGUUACUGCCUGUGUUUCACAAUAACUCACCAGGGGGCAUUAAACCUGCUCCCCUGUUGCCAUGGCAAACUCCCUUCAAGAUACCAACUGUGAAGGUGCUGCUGUCUGAUGUACUCUGCAGAGGGGCAGGGAUGUCUUGAUUUUCAUUCAUUUUCAACCCAAAACAUCUCUUGCCUGAGGUUCCAAUAUACAUGACGAUCUAUUACAUUAAAUUAAGAUCAUUUAGUAAUUUUUCCUAUAGAGUGCUGUAAUGCAUUUUAAUUGUCAGCCAUAGGGUACAUGCCAAUUCAGAUAUAUGCACAUUCUGUGUAUGUUCUAGUCAGUGCAGAUUUCCCAGCAACAAUGGAUGGAGCACAUGUGUUUGAGCUUUCAUCAACUGUAUAUAGACAUAUGUAGUAGUAAUACACAUAAUACCAACACAAUGGCAUACAGUGCUUCUGUAAAGGGAAAAACACUAUUAGAGUAAAUGCAUUUAUCUAUUAGAUUUCUGAGUUACUUAAUUACUUAGGCCCAUCACCCCAUGAGAAGCAUAGGCCAUCAACUGGCCAUCAACUGAGUUGACUUCAUGUAUCUGAAAUGAUCUAGAAUUUAAACCCAAUGAAAUUAUACAAUCAUUUACUAUUCUCCUAAACUAUAAUGUUAAUGUGUAGGACAUAUACUGUAUGAUUGUGUUAGCAGACAUACAGUAGUAGCUAUGCAAUAUACUGGACCAUAUGGGAUGCCCCAUAUGCAUCAUCAUAACUUCUUCUAAUGGGGAUUGGUUGAUGACACUACACCAUCAACCAUCAUGACAAAUUGGUUGAUGACACUACACCAUCAAUCAUCAUGACAAAUUGGUUGAUGACACUAUACCAUCAACCAUCAUGACAAAUUGGUUGAUGACACUACACCAUCAAUCAUCAUGACAAAUUGGUUGAUGACACUACACCAUCAACCAUCAUGACAAAUUGGUUGAUGACACUACACCAUCAAUCAUCAUGACAAAUUGGUUGAUGGCACUACACCAUCAAUCAUCAUGACAAAUUGGUUGAUGGCACUACACCAUCAACCAUCAUGACAAAUUGGUUGAUGACACUACACCAUCAAUCAUCAUGACAAAUUGGUUGAUGGCACUACACCAUCAAUCAUCAUGACAAAUUGGUUGAUGACACUACACCAUCAAUCAUCAUGACAAAUUGGUUGAUGACACUAUACCAUCAACCAUCAUGACAAAUUGGUUGAUGACACUACACCAUCAAUCAUCAUGACAAAUUGGUUGAUGACACUACACCAUCAACCAUCAUGACAAAUUGGUUGAUGACACUACACCAUCAAUCAUCAUGACAAAUUGGUUGAUGGCACUACACCAUCAAUCAUCAUGACAAAUUGGUUGAUGACACUACACCAUCAAUCAUCAUGACAAAUUGGUUGAUGACACUACACCAUCAACCAUCAUGACAAAUUGGUUGAUGACACUACACCAUCAACCAUCAUGACAAAUUGGUUGAUGACACUACACCAUCAAUCAUCAUGACAAAUUGGUUGAUGACACUAUACCAUCAAUCAUCAUGACAAAUUGGUUGAUGACACUAUACCAUCAACCAUCAUGACAAAUUGGUUGAUGACACUAUACCAUCAAUCAUCAUGACAAAUUGGUUGAUGACACUAUACCAUCAACCAUCAUGACAAAUUGGUUGAUGACACUACACCAUCAACCAUCAUGACAAAUUGGUUGAUGACACUACACCAUCAACCAUCAUGACAAAUUGGUUGAUGACACUACACCAUCAACCAUCAUGACAAAUUGGUUGAUGACACUACACCAUCAACCAUCAUGACAAAUUGGUUGAUGACACUACACCAUCAACCAUCAUGACAAAUUGGUUGAUGACACUACACCAUCAACCAUCAUGACAAAUUGGUUGAUGACACUAUACCAUCAAUCAUCAUGACAAAUUGGUUGAUGACACUAUACCAUCAACCAUCAUGACAAAUUGGUUGAUGACACUACACCAUCAACCAUCAUGACAAAUUGGUUGAUGACACUACACCAUCAACCAUCAUGACAAAUUGGUUGAUGACACUAUACCAUCAACCAUCAUGACAAAUUGGUUGAUGACACUACACCAUCAACCAUCAUGACAAAUUGGUUGAUGACACUACACCAUCAACCAUCAUGACAAAUUGGUUGAUGACACUACACCAUCAACCAUCAUGACAAAUUGGUUGAUGACACUAUACCAUCAACCAUCAUGACAAAUUGGUUGAUGACACUACACCAUCAACCAUCAUGACAAAUUGGUUGAUGACACUACACCAUCAACCAUCAUGACAAAUUGGUUGAUGACACUACACCAUCAACCAUCAUGACAAAUUGGUUGAUGACACUACACCAUCAACCAUCAUGACAAAUUGGUUGAUGACACUACACCAUCAACCAUCAUGACAAAUUGGUUGAUGACACUACACCAUCAACCAUCAUGACAAAUUGGUUGAUGACACUACACCAUCAAUCAUCAUGACAAAUUGGUUGAUGACACUACACCAUCAAUCAUCAUGACAAAUUGGUUGAUGACACUACACCAUCAAUCAUCAUGACAAAUUGGUUGAUGGCACUACACCAUCAACCAUCAUGACAAAUUGGUUGAUGACACUACACCAUCAAUCAUCAUGACAAAUUGGUUGAUGACACUACACCAUCAAUCAUCAUGACAAAUUGGUUGAUGACACUACACCAUCAAUCAUCAUGACAAAUUGGUUGAUGGCACUACACCAUCAACCAUCAUGACAAAUUGGUUGAUGACACUACACCAUCAAUCAUCAUGACAAAUUGGUUGAUGACACUACACCAUCAACCAUCAUGACAAAUUGGUUGAUGACACUAUACCAUCAACCAUCAUGACAAAUUGGUUGAUGACACUACACCAUCAACCAUCAUGACAAAUUGGUUGAUGACACUACACCAUCAACCAUCAUGACAAAUUGGUUGAUGACACUACACCAUCAACCAUCAUGACAAAUUGGUUGAUGACACUACACCAUCAACCAUCAUGACAAAUUGGUUGAUGACACUACACCAUCAACCAUCAUGACAAAUUGGUUGAUGACACUACACCAUCAACCAUCAUGACAAAUUGGUUGAUGACACUACACCAUCAAC